AUGGCGACGCCCUCGACGCCCUCCUUCUCUACGCCAUUGAGUCGAGAGCGAUACUGGGGCAAGAUGAUUUGGUGGGUGGCCAGCGACCUUGGGAUUGACACUGUCACCACCGCGAGUGGAGCUUUCUUCUUCCAGCGCUUUUGUUUGGCUGAGCGGGAAGGCGACGUGGAUCAUCACCGCUUGGCCAUGGCUAGCCUUUGGCUGGCCACCAAAGUCAGGGAAGCUUCUUGCCGACUUCGAGACAUCGUCAAUGGUUUCGAGAUCUUCCUGCAGAAAGCUGAUGAGAAGGGUAUGCCCAUGGAAGCGUAUUGGUCUCUCAGAGAUGAAGUGGUGGUGCACGAGCAAGUCCUACUUCGCGGCCUGGGAUUCGAUGUGGAGCUGACCUCCGCCUAUGCUUCCCUCACAGAGUUUGCCUGGAUGUUAGGCAGUUGCGAAGGUGGUGUCCUCCAGUUGGCCUGGACGCUUCUGAAUGAUGCCUUUCGAUGUGAGCUUUGCGCCAUGGCCUCUCCCGAUCGCUUGGCCCUGGCAGCUCUACUCCUGAGCGUCGAGAUGAGCCGCCGGGUGCCCGAGCUGCAACUCCAAGCUCAAGCCUUGGCAGAGAGGUUGGAUCACCUGCUCCGUGAGCCGCGCUUGGAAGAGUUCCUGGGGCUGGGCCAGGAAGCCGAAGAGAUCGAGGACAUUUGUCGAGACCUGCUUGCUGUGUACCAGGAGGCGCACAAAGAAGGCGCCCGGCGUGAGGCUGUGCCGCUGCCUGGAAAUCCAAAAAGGUGCCUUUUGGCGGUGGAGCAGGUGCCUUUAAAAACCACUGGAAAACCAGGGAACACCUGUCCCCUCUGA